AUGGCGCCGUCAGCGACGCAUUCGUCGAUACCUCCACGAUUGAUGUCUUUGAUGCGGGCGAUCAGCAUCGGAUAUCCAACCGAGCAAAAUCUCAACGCUAUCUAUUCAGCCUAUCUUAUGCCAAUUUUAGAGGCAUGCAUUUUGAACACUUCGACGGCUCCGCUCGGCUCAUCAGCUCGCGUUGAGGCAAUGGCAUCAGUGAUGGUACGACUCUAUGAGGAAGUACGCUCCAAUUUUCGACCCGCUGACAAAGCUGUUGAUAUAUGCAUAGUUGUGAUUCUUUGUGGUGAAGAGGGUGCUCUUCCGAAAUCAAAUCACCUUAACUUUACAACUUCUAGGCUGGCAACAGAGGAGCACCUUGUCAAGUUUGAGGAAUUGUUGGCGUACGUGAUUCCUGCUGCGCACAGAGGAGGAGAUCUCUUUUACGUAACGACUGGUACUGUAGUACCGUCGCACAAUAUCGUCGGCUUGCCGCUGGUUCCGCAUUCGAAACGCGACUAUCAGAGCUUACUGCAGAAAGCCGUCAAUCGAUACGGUAUGCUAAUACAUGGGAAGCUUGUCAAACUCAGGGUUAACGCUGUCCCGGCAUGUUCCUAA